AUGACAACAUUCACUUUGACCACAGGCGCUAAGAUUCCGGCGGUAGGAUUCGGGACAUGGAAGGCGGCGCCCGGAGAAGCUGCUGCGGCGGUAAAGACAGCAUUUGAAGUUGGAUAUAGGCAUUUUAACAUGAGCGUUCCAGUAUCUAACCCUACGCGCAAUACAGACGGCAACGAGCCCGAAAUCGGAGGAGUAUUCAAAAGCACAAAGGUUCCUCGUAGUGAAUACUUUGUCACGACUAAACUAUGGUCCUCAGACCACCGCCGAGUCGAAUCAGCAUUGGACAAAUCCCUCCAAGAUCUUGGUCUCAGCUAUGUGGAUUUAUAUCUCAUGCACUGGCCAGUCACACUGGAUCCAUCUGACUCAGUCGAAUACGGCAAAGAGAAUCGCAAAGUCCACGCAGCAGGCUGGGACUUCAACGACACGUGGCGGGAGAUAGAAAAGCUUUUGGAGACUGGCAAAGUGCGCGCAAUCGGCGUCGCGAAUUUCUCGACCGUGAACUUGGAAAAACUGCUCAAGACGGCGAAGGUGGUCCCAGCAGUUAACCAGACUGAGAUUCAGCCCUUGUUGCCGCAGAAUAAGCUGAAUGCGUAUUGCCGGGAGAAAGGGAUCCACCAAACGGCGUUUGGGCCAUUGGGUGGGUCUGGAAGCACGUUGCAUUCUCAUCCGGUUAUUGUAGAUAUUGCUACUAAGCGAGGGUGUGAUACGGGAAAUGUGAUGCUGAGUUGGGGAAUUCAGAAGGGGUGGAGUGUUAUUCCCAAGAGUACGAACCCGAAAAGGAUUCAGGCGAAUCUUAGGGGGAAUGUUGAGUUGACGUCGGAGGAGAUGGGAAAAAUGGAUGCUUUGGCUCUUCCCAAGGGAAAGAGGUUUAAUCGGCCAGAUUGGGGGACUGUUAUAUUUCAUGAUGAUGCGGAGGUUGAUCUGGAGGAGUAG